UGGUUUAAAGGAUAGUGUGCAAAGAUUGGUAAAGACUUACAAUGACAAUUAAUAGUUUCUGGAGUUUUGGGUUAGUUUGAAUCAGGUUCUAAACAUGCCCGAGCAGAUUUUUUAGUAUAUGAACUAUAGUUCCAGUGCCUUUUUAGCGGGUGUCUCCGUGUAAAUCCUGCUAGGCACUGGUUUGUGCAGCGGUGUGAGUGGAUGGGUGGUCUCCGGGUCUCGGCUUUCACGGGUGACGUCACAGCGGAGCUGAUGGCGUCACAGCGCGUCCCGGCGGAGCGUCUCGAGCGCGUUGACGGAUCGCAGCAGCAGCGAAGGCCGACGCGACCGUGGCUCCGGCGGCCGGGAUCGAGCGACGCCAAGCCGGACACCGAGCGAGGAGAACAUGCAGGCUGUAGCGGAGGAGCUGCGGGCCGGCUCCCGGAUCCCGGUGACCGUCGAGCAGAUCGUCAACGACACGCUGGUGGUGACGCUCACGUACCGCGAGAGGAGCUACACGGGCAUCCUGCUGGACUGCAGCAGAAAGACUGGGCUGUUUUGCCUUCCAGACGUUGUUGGAAAAUCCGAAGAGAGCCUCAUAUUGAGACCGGACUGUGAAGUCUCGAGUGAAGAGGCUUCCCCUAAACCCGUUAGUCAGCCUACACAGCAACCAAAAGAUGAGAACACGGAGCCUGAGGUGGCUCCUCCGCUCGCUCCCGUACCUAUCCCGGUGCAACCGGGCCAGCCCACAUAUCCGCCGUACUUUGAAGGCGCCCCGUUUCCGCAGCCCAUGUGGGUCCGGCACACAUACAACCAGUGGGUACCGCAACCGCCGCCGCAUCCAAUCAAGAGGAAGAAGAGACGAAGUCGAGAACCUGGAAGGAUGACCAUGAGCACAAUCCGACUGAGACCUCGGCAGGUGCUGUGCGAGAAAUGCAAAAACACACUAAACAGCGACGAGGACAGCAAAGAUGGACCAACGGUGACCAAGACAUCCAGGAAGGAGAACGCGCCUCAAGCCAACGAGGAGGACACUAAAUCAACCCCAGCCAAGAGGAAGGACGACGGAGACAACAAAGAGUCAAAGAGACGAGAGGAAUCGACGGUCUAUGACACCAAGUGCUUCCGGAAGGACAAGAAGGACGAUGAGAAGUCUCCCAAAGGGGACAUCAUUCCCCAUAGUCCCGUGAUUAAAAUCUCUUAUAGCACUCCACAAGGUAAAGGCGAAGUGAUGAAGAUCCCCUCGAGGGUUCACGGUUCUGUCAAACCCUUCUGUCCGAAGCAGCUGUUACAGAACGGCCACAGAGAACGAGACGCUUCCAAGGAAUCCCAGAAAGUCGUGAAACCUCCGGUAGACGUCAUCCGAACGGGUCUUACCAUUUCCAUUCCCAAACUCAAGCUCCCAAAGUUGAGUAAUCCGGAUGCCCCUUCGCCCAAGAUACACUUGAGAUCCCGGGCCGACGGAGCGGAGCAGGUGUCCGCUUACGAGGCAGAACUAGUGGACGGCGUUCGGCGGAAAAGUCCUAGAGUUCCCAACUCUCAGUCUGAAGAUGAGGACGAGGAUGGUAGUGGACUGGCUGUCAUUCAGGGUUUUGCAGGCGCACCCAGGACGUGGUGA